CUUUCUUUCCGCCGCAAGAAAGAAACCGAAUUGAGGCGCUAACCGCAGUCCUCGUUCUUUGUCUGCCGUCGCUUCUCUUGCGCACGGUAUUUGCGUAGCUCCGUGGCACUUUCUGCGCUUGAGCAUUCGACCCAAUUGUCAAAAUGGCCGCUCCCGCUGCUCCUGGCGCUGUUGACCAGCUUGCCGCUGACCUCGCCAACACGAACCUCAACGGUGGCGAUAACCGGGCCCCUGCCAUCAAUUCCAAUGUGGCUUCUGGCGAGUCCCAGACUGCCGAACCCGAUACGGCUGGGCCUACCCCGAGCUCCUCUGCUCCUCAUCCUCAGUCUUCCGCGUCUCUCUACGUCGGCGAACUGGACCCCUCUGUGACCGAGGCCAUGCUCUUUGAGCUGUUCUCCCAGAUUGGUUCCGUCGCUUCGAUCCGCGUCUGCCGUGAUGCUGUCACUCGUCGCUCCCUCGGAUAUGCCUACGUCAACUAUAACUCGACCGCCGAUGGCGAGAAGGCUCUCGAAGAGCUGAACUACACCUUGAUCAAGGGCCGCCCCUGCCGCAUUAUGUGGUCCCAGCGCGAUCCCGCUCUGCGCAAGACCGGCCAGGGCAAUGUCUUCAUCAAGAACCUGGACACUGCGAUUGACAACAAGGCGCUUCACGACACCUUUGCUGCUUUCGGUAACAUCCUUAGCUGCAAGGUGGCCCAAGACGAGAACGGCAACUCCAAGGGCUAUGGUUUCGUGCACUACGAGACCGACGAAGCCGCCGCUCAGGCUAUCAAGCACGUCAACGGCAUGCUUCUGAACGAGAAGAAGGUCUACGUUGGCUACCACAUCCCCAAGAAGGACCGCCAGAGCAAGUUCGAGGAGAUGAAGGCCAACUACACCAACGUCUAUGUCAAGAACAUCAACCUCGAGGUCACUGAAGAGGAGUUCCGCGAGCUCUUUUCCAAGUAUGGCGAGGUCACGUCGUCAACCCUCGCUCGCGACCAGGAGGGCAAGAGCCGUGGCUUCGGCUUCGUCAACUUCUCCACCCACGACAGUGCCGCCAAGGCUGUUGAGGAGCUCAAUGGCAAGGAGUUCCGUGGUCAGGAGCUCUAUGUCGGUCGUGCUCAGAAGAAGCACGAGCGCGAGGAGGAGCUUAGGAAAUCUUACGAGGCCGCUCGCGCUGAGAAGGCCAACAAAUACCAAGGCGUCAACCUGUAUAUCAAGAAUCUGGCCGACGACAUCGACGAUGACAAGCUGCGCCAGAUGUUCUCCGAGUUUGGCCCCAUCACCUCGGCCAAGGUCAUGCGCGACAACCCCCCGGAUCAUCACCACUCUGCGGAUAAGGAGGGUAAGGACAAGGAGAACAAGAAGGAGGGCGAGCAAGAAGCCAAGAAGGAGGGCAAGGAGGAGGGCGAGAAGGACGGUGAGGCUAAGGAGGGUGAGAAGAAGACCGAAAAGAAGCCUGAACGCAAGCUGGGCAAGAGCAAGGGCUUCGGCUUCGUCUGCUUCAGCAACCCCGACGAUGCGACCAAGGCCGUUGCCGAGAUGAAUCAGCGCAUGGUUGAAGGCAAGCCGCUCUAUGUCGCCCUCGCUCAGCGAAAGGACGUCCGCAAGAGUCAGCUUGAGGCUAGCAUCCAGGCCCGCAACCAACUGCGCAUGCAGCAAGCCGCCGCUCAGGCCGGUCUGCCGCAGCAGUACAUGCAGGCCCCUAUCUACUAUGCUCCUGGCCAGCAGCCCAACUUCAUGCCUCCCGGCGGUCGCGGCAUGCCCUUCCCUCAGGCGGGUCUCGGCAUGCCUGCCGUGCAGGGCGGCCGUCCAGGUCAGUUCCCGCCUUAUGCUCAGCAGGGCGGUCGUGGCGCCAUCCCUCCUCAGCAGAUUCCCCUCUAUCCUCUGGGCCAGUUCCCUCCUGGCGCCUAUGGUCAGCCGACCAACCCGCAGUUCCUCGCUGCCAUUCAGCAGGUUCAGCAGCAGGCUGCCAACCUCGGCGGACGUGGCGCGCCCGGUGGACGGGGUAUGCAAGGCAUGCCUGUUCCUCAGGGAAUGCCUGGCGGCCCUGGCAUGGCUGGCUUCCCGCCUAAUGGUAGGCCUCAGAAUGGCGCAAUCGGUGGUCGUGGCGGCCCUAACCGCGGUGGCAACUUUGCCGCUGGCCGCGGUGGCGUGCCUCCUGCCGGUCCUCUUGGCGGUGCUGGUGAGCUUAAUGCUACUUCUCUCCUGCAGUCGCAGCUCGCCGCCACCAGCAACCCCCAGCAGCAGAAGCAGAUUCUCGGAGAGAAUCUCUUCCCCAAGAUCCAAGCCCUCCAACCAGAGCUGGCUGGCAAGAUCACUGGCAUGCUGCUGGAGAUGGACAACAAUGAGCUCGUAAAUCUGCUCGAGGACGAGACUGCUCUUGUCGCCAAGGUCAACGAGGCCAUGGCUGUCUACGACGAGUACGUCAAGUCGCAGCAGGCUGCCGGUCAAGGCUCAGCUCCCGCCCAGGGCGAGGUGGAGGCUGAGAAGCCCAAGGAGGAGAAGACCGAGGAGAAGGCUUAGGGCACUAUUCGCCAGCUUCUCGCCUUUUGAUGCGCUUUUUUCUUCAUUUUUUUUCCUUUCAGUUCUGAUCGGUUGGGAAAAGUUUUGAUACCAAGCUUGGAAGCAGCAUGAUCUAUCUCCAGUCUGGUGAUGCGGGCAGGAUGAGGUCAGCAUCGGAUGGAUCUGGCUAUAGGAGACAAAAGCCUCUCCAGCGACGGGUUAUCGCGGCAUCUUGCUAUGACAUCGCUAUGUCAUGAUCAUGUAUUUGAUAGACUUGCUUAUGAUGGGGGGGUGAGGGCCAUGGUCCUGGGCGGCCGCCUCUGUGGAGUGGGCGGAGGUGUUGAUGGCCGACACGGCGUUACGGUUACGAAUGUCACGAGUAUCCUGCCGGCUAGCUCAGUCUUGAGGGACAAAGCAGGCUAAGCGACGCACUCCUGGCAGCCCUGAUUAAGGGCAUCCAUGAUUGCGACUGUGUCUGUCUGCGUGAACCACCAGACUCAAUCCUAAACAAGGCACUAGCUAAUACAAAGCUUUACAUCUAU